UCUCUUGUCCAUACACUUAUACAAUGGCUCACCGCAAGUUUUCGGCUCCCCGCCACGGUUCGCUCGGCUUUGCCCCGCGCAAGCGCUCGGCCACCCACCGUGGUCGCGUCAAGUCGUUCCCCCGUGACGACGCCUCCAAGCCCUGCCACCUGACUGCCUUCCUCGGCUACAAGGCUGGCAUGACCCACGUCGUCCGCGAGGUCGACCGUAUGGGCUCCAAGCUCAACAAGAAGGAGAUUGUUGAGGCUGUCACCAUCGUUGAGGCUCCCCCGGUGGUUGUCGUCGGCGCUGUCGGCUACGUUGCCACCCCCCGUGGUCUCCGUGCCCUCACCACCGUCUGGGCUGAGCACCUCAGCGAGGAGGUUCGCCGCCGCUUCUACAAGAACUGGUACCAGUGCAAGAAGAAGGCCUUCACCAAGUACGCCAAGAAGUACUCGACCGAGGAGGGCAAGAAGUCGAUCGAGAAGGAGUUUGACCGCAUCAAGAAGUACUGCUCGGUCGUCCGCCUGCUCGUCCACACCCAGACCAAGAAGCUCAACCUUGGCGGCCAGAAGAAGGCCCACAUUAUGGAGAUCCAGGUCAACGGUGGCUCUGUCGCCGACAAGCUCAAGUACGCCCGCUCGCACUUUGAGAAGGAGAUCUCCCUCAAGGACGUCUUCUCCGAGAACGAGAUGGUCGACGUCAUCGGUGUCACUCGCGGCAAGGGUUUCACUGGCGUCACCUACCGUUUCGGCACCCGCCGUCUCCCCCGCAAGUCCCACAAGGGUCUCCGCAAGGUUGCUUGCAUUGGCGCGUGGCACCCUGCCAACGUCAACCGCUCUGUUGCCCGUGCCGGUCAGAAGGGUUACCACCACCGCACCGAGCUCAACAAGAAGAUCUACCGUGUCGGUGCUGGUGCUUCCAGCGGCGCCAAGAACAACGCCUCGACCGAGUACGACAUCACCGAGAAGAACAUCACCCCCCUCGGUGGCUUCCCCCACUACGGCCAGGUCAAGGAGGACUUCCUCAUCCUCAAGGGCUGCAUCAUGGGCGCCAAGAAGCGUGUCAUCACCCUCCGCAAGUCCCUCCUCGUCCACACCUCGCGUGUUGCCCUCGAGAAGACCAACCUCAAGUUCAUCGACACCUCGUCCAAGUUCGGCCACGGUCGCUUCCAGACCAUUGCCGAGAAGAAGGCGUUCAUGGGCGCCCUCAAGAAGGAUGCCCAGGCCGAUGCUUAA